CAAUGCUGAUCCUCUGCUCCUCCUCCUCCUCCUCCUCCUGACCCCCCAAUCAAUCACCAACCUCCGUUCUGCCGCUGCCUCCCCCGCCCCGAUAUAUAACCCACCUCGUCCCCAACUGCCAUUUCUUCUCCGUUCUCCUAGCUAGCUCCCACACAUCCUCGAAUCACAGCCUCACACCUCCUCCCCUGAUCGACCACCCUGCAGCUAGCUUCGUGCCCGCAGCCAGCACCGAUCACACGCUAGCUGCUGCUGCUGCUGGGGCGACCGACCGGCCAUCCAUGGCGGUGAAGGACUGCGGCGGGCACAAGGGCGGGGGCUGCGAGUGCCACCGCCGGCGGCUCUACCGCAAGUGCUGCGGCGCGCUGCUCGCCCUCGUCCUCCUCGCCCUCUUCAUCAUCCUCAUCGUCUACCUGGUGCUCCGCCCCCACAAGCCCCGCUUCUACCUGCAGGACCUGGCGGUGCUCUGCCUCAACGUCACGCCGCCCACCUCCGCCUACCUCUUCACCACCAUGCAGGCCACGGUCGCGGCGCGCAACCCCAACGACCGCGUCGGCGUCUACUACGACGAGGCGGACAUGUACGCGCAGUACAAGGGCGUCGCCAUCACCGUCCCCACCCGCCUCCCCGUCGCCUACCAGGGCCACCGCGACCAGUCCGUGUGGUCGCCGUAUCUGAGGUCCAUGGACAGCGUCGUGCUCCCGCCGCAGCUCGCCGUGGCGCUGGCGCAGGACGAGACGGCCGGGUACGUGCUGGUGGACGUGCGCGUGGACGGUCAGGUGCGCUGGAAGGUGGGCACGUGGAUCUCCGGCCACUACCACCUCCGGGUCAACUGCCCGGCGCUCAUCAGGGUGAACGAGGGCAAGGGCAGCUACGGCGCCACCACCGGCGGCGGCCCCGACUACUUCCGCUUCCAGCAGGCCGCCGCCUGCGCCGUCGACGUCUGAUCAUGCAUCAUCGGUUCGACCUCCACCGAUCCAUGCAUGUGUCCAAAUUCAGUGGAAUCGAUUGAUUGCUUCUCCUUCUAGUCUCUUUCUUGCUUCUUUUUAGUCUCUUUUUGACUUGUUGAUCGAUUGGUUAAAGAAAUGGAUGAAAGAAAAAAAGUACAACUGAAGCUUCGAUAGUA